AGCUUUCGGAGCCAUGCCGUGUUGUAAGCGUACCGAGGUCCGGAGGGUAUGCCGGCCGAUGCCGUCGCUCCUUGCCAGGCUCAACUGUACGCCGUGCAACCGGGUCCUGUUCUUUGUGAUCGGGGUUGGACUGGGCGUGCUCUUCGUGCGUAACAAGGACGACAAGGGCAACAAGAAGAAGAAGGACGAUGGCAAGGGCAAGAAGUGAUCCAAGAGUUGCCCAUCGACCCCAAUCCUGGCAGCAGUGAAUCGACAUCGAGCCACCUCGAACCAUCUCCAUGAAGUACUGAAGAAUCUUACAGUCGGGCGUUGACCAGCGAAGACAAAAUGCCAUUCGAUAAGUUUACCCGCCGAAGAAUUAAUGAGUUGGACAUUUCUCAGUCGAUAAAUUUAUCAAUAGAGCAAUUUGUCAAUCGAACAACUACCUACCAUAUCUUAUACGGAUUUCUUCGGUUGAUCUAUUCUCUAUUCCUCUGUUAAAAUAAACUAUAAAUUUGGUGCUGUACAAGACAUUUCCAACGGA